CGAAAAGGGUAUUCCUUGUGACAACUUAUUGAUUAUUUGUUGGUCUCAUUUUCAGCUUAGCAGGAUGCUGCACCUUGCAUCUUCAAGCACCACAAGGCCGGCCUUGUCAUCUGCCGAAAUCCACAUGCCAAUUCCGCAUGCACAUGUUGCGAGAAGGCCAAACGUCGCUAGCGGGCCGCUGCACUCUUCAACGUUACAGGCCGCUCAGCGCUUGGUCAUGCUCCGACGAUUGCCACCCGUUCACGCUGCGAAACCUACUAUCGCCGCUGCAACAGUAAGCGUGGAGGCUUCUUCAUCACAGGUGAUGCAAGAAGACGUCGAAAAUGUCGUUAUCAUUGGCUCUGGGCCAGCGGGAUACACGGCUGCUAUUUACGCGGCUCGCGCAAACCUCAAGCCCGUUGUGUUUGAGGGCUUCAGGAAUGGCCGCGGCGGCCAGUUGAUGACCACCACAGAGGUCGAGAACUUUCCCGGCUUCCCGGAGGGUAUCACCGGCCCCGACCUGAUGGACCGCAUGCGCAAGCAGGCCGAGCGGUGGGGCAGCGAGCUGCACACAGAGGACGUGGAGUCCGUCGACCUCUCCGUCCGCCCCUUCCGCAUCCGCUCCUCCGACCGGGACCUCCGCGCCCACUCCAUCAUCAUCGCCACAGGCGCAUCUGCGCGGCGGCUGGGGCUGCCCUCGGAGCUGACCUUCUGGAGCCGCGGCAUCAGCGCAUGCGCCAUCUGCGACGGCGCGUCGCCGCUGUUCAAAGGCGGCGAGGUGGCGGUGGUGGGCGGCGGGGACAGCGCCACCGAGGAGGCCAUCUACCUUACCAAGUACGCCAAGCAUGUCCACCUGCUGGUCCGCGGCGAGCGCCUGCGCGCCUCCAAGGCCAUGCAGGACCGCACGCUGGCCAACCCGCGCAUCACCGUGCACUUCAACACCGGCGUGGAGGACGCAUUCGGGGGGGAGGUGCUGCAGGGGCUGCGGCUGAUGGAUACCAAGACAGGCGAGAAGCGCAACCUGGCAGUGCAAGGGCUGUUCUACGGCAUCGGCCACACGCCUAACAGCAGCUUGGUGGCGGGGCAGGUUGAGCUGGACGAGGCGGGCUACGUCAAGGUCUCCCACGGCGCCGCCACCUCCGUACCCGGCGUCUUCGCAGCCGGCGACCUACACGACACCGAGUGGCGACAGGCGAUCACUGCAGCCGGCUCGGGCUGCAUGGCAGCGCUAGCAGCGGAGCGUUACCUAACCGCCAACGGUCUUGUACGGGAAUUCAAGCAUGCCGAGGAAGCAGAGGGUGCUGCCGCUGGCGAGGGCAACGGUAACGGAUCCAGCGCCUCUCAUGAUUCGUCUUCGGGGUCGGCAGCGUCUGCGGGGGUAGACACGCCGGACACGUUUGAUAUCAAUGCGGAUAAGCACAAGGGGCAAUACGCGCUGCGGAAGCUCUACCAUGAGUCGGAUCGGCUGAUCUGUGUGCUGUAUACGGCACCCACGUGUGGGCCCUGCCGUACACUCAAGCCCAUCUUUAACUCGGUACUUGAUGAGUUCCAGGGUCGUGUGCACUACGUGGAGAUUGACAUUGAGCAGGACCCCGAGAUCGCGGAGGCUGCCGGCGUGAUGGGCACACCCACAGUGCACAUGUUCAAGGACAAGGCUCGGCUGGAGGUGUUGAGCGGCGUCAAGAUGAAGAAGGACUACCGAGGCCUCAUCAGCAAGCACGUGGGGGAAUCGGCGGCGGCAGUAGCGGCGGAACAGCGUGUUGGUGUGACGGCUUGAGGUCGAGGAGCAGCAGCAGCAGCGCAUGGCACAAGUAUGUGUGGUGGGAGUGGAGGGCGUUGUGUGAGAGGAUGGGUCCGGUCUGAAGGGGCGGUGGAAUGGGAGGAGGGGCCAUGGGCGCGUUUGAAAGGGGCAACCGUUGUUGAGGAGGUGCAAGACCCUCUUGUAUUAACUUCGUAGGGUUUGCUCGGCGUCUCAGUCUCAGGAACGGGUUCAGCGCAAGUGCGAGUGUUCAGUUUUGUGGUGUGUCGAGAGUGCAAUUUUCCAGUCAUUGUGUUUUGCAUGACCGGGCGUAUAGUCACCCAUCCAUAAAGGCAUUCGAGGAAAUGGGGAUAGUAUUAUAGCUGACAGCUGGCACCAUUGAGAGGGGCUGCAUGCCAAUGUAGGGUCUUCAUGCUCCGUAACAAUGGUAGGUCUUGUGCAGCAAAGCGAAGCAUAUGAGCGUUUUCUUUGUAUGGCUAUAUGGUUUGGCUGGUUACGCAGUACAAGGCAAAUCCCAUCCUAGACAAACGCCCGGCGUUAGUAUUUUUCUCGUAGAUCUAGAAGGUGAGAGCAACUGGGUAGGGCUGCAUCAUUAAGCCAGGGAAGAGAGGGAGGGGGCAGGUUUGCUGCAUCGGGUCUCUUGCUUGCGUCUCAACUCUCAAGUCUUUAGAAUUUGGGGCGUAGUAGCCCUUUGUCGAAGUCAUUUCACUUCGCAGCUUACCUCUUGGCGUGCACAACGGGGGGUUGUGCGGACACAUGCAAGAGGCCUGUUAGCCAUGGCUUGAUGAAAGGAUGGAGAAGGAUAUGGGCUUCCCUCACUGGAUGGCAGCGUGCCGUUUUAUUGCGAUGAACCGUGUUCCACUAUACGGGUAAUGAAAAAUCAAGUCCGUUGCGGAUGACCUUGCCUGCAAAAUGCACGCUGACUUGGUGCACAGGCGGGUGAGCAAGAGAGCCAAAAUCACAGGUCGCAUGCGAGAGGAGGCACAAGGAGAGUGGUGCGAGGCAUGCCGUACAUGACUGCUGGUGCGGGCUGUGUGAGGGGAAGAACAACCGCACGCAAUCGAGGUCUUGGACUUAUUGCUGCUCCGGUGGGGAGGUCGUGAAACCGAAAACCACGAAUGAAGGUGAUGUAGAGACG